AUGGCACCAAACACCUUCCUCAAACACGUGAGGCUCCACGCCGUCGAAAUCUCUGGAGAGUUUGCAGGAACAUUUCUGUUCCUGCUGAUGGCACUCUCCGCGGCGCAAGUGGCCAACUCUGACACUUCUCACGUGGGGGACGGCGUCCAUCCUGGGGACAUCAAUCUCACGCAGCUUCUGUAUAUCAGCCUUGCGUUUGGGUUCUCCCUGGCCGUCAAUGUUUCCAUCUUUGCCAGAGUUAGCGGUGGCCUCUUCAAUCCCGCUGUCACCCUAGGAAUGUGCCUUGUGGGCAAAGUGGCCUGGAUCAAAGGCAUCUUCCUAGCCGCCGGCCAGGUCCUCGGAGCUGUCGUCGCAUCUCUCCUCGUCAAGAUCAUGUUCCCAGGCACCUAUGUCAUCCAGACCAAGCUCGGCCAUGGCGCCUCGCCCCUCCAGGGCCUGCUCAUCGAGGCUUUCCUUACCAUGCAGCUGAUGCUUGCCAUCUACUUCAUGGCCGUUGAGAAGCAUGAGGGCAACGCGUUGGCGGCACUCGUCAUUGGCUUUGCACUUUUCGUGGCUGAAUUGCCUGGUAUCUAUUACACCGGUGGCUCUCUUAACCCGGCAAGAACUUUUGGCCCGGACCUGGUCAUGCUCGACUUUGGCAGUACUCACUGGAUCUACUGGCUGGGCCCUCUUCUAGGUGCUACUCUGGCUGCUGGAUUCUACAGAUUCAUCAAGCUUCUGCAGCUUGAAUCUGCUGAGGCAUAUGAAGAUGCUGAAAGAGAGCCACUCUUGCCUUAG